GUUAAUGUCCACAUGAGGGCCUCUGUGUUCUCUCUGUUGCCUCCAAACCUCUCUCCUCUUUUCAAGCCUUUGCCAAAUUCCCUCCCUCCUCCCUCCCUCCUCCUCCUCUCUGCCUGCCAGUAGCCUCUCUCAGGCCGCGUAGGGGAGCAUUCACACCCCGCUGUCGGCGUUUAGCGGAUGGGGCUCUCAGCUUGAGCCGGAGGGAGGAGGAGGAGGAGAAACAUGAACGGUAACCCGUGUGCCCGCAGGCUGGCCCGGCGCUCCAAGUCCGCCCUGCUGGUCGCCGCUCUGGCCGUCCUGCUGGUCCAGACUCUCAUCGUGUGGAACUUCAGCAGCCUGGACUCUGCCGGCGGGGACGGAGGCGCCCGGAGCCGGGAGAAGAGAGAGGACCGAGCCGGGGGACUCAACAAAGCCGACUGGGAUCUCCCGCGGAGAGGGCUGCAGAAGAAGGGUGACCCGCCGCCGCCGCUGCUCGGAAAGGCGGCCGUUCGGCACAAGCUGCAGGCGGACGUCUACCAUUCCCACCGGCCUAAAGAGAAGCUGGACAGCAACAACAAUGAGAACUCGGUCCCUAAAGACUUUGACACCAUCGACAGCAACAGCAACCUUGGCGCUCGAUCUCAACGCCAACGAGUGCCCAAGCACAAGCUGGACAAGGCCCAAGCACAGAGCAUGCUGGGAAAAUCCGCCAAUGAGGUAUUAAAGCACCCUCCCGUCCAACCAAGAGGGAUGGGCUACAAUCACAACCGCACCCAAAUCAGUCAACCCCACCCGCAGGUGCCAACCGUCUCACCGCCCGCCCAGGGGUCCAAUCCACCGAUCUACUGGGAAAAGAGGUCGGCCUCCCAGGUGCCACGUGGUUUGGAGCCGAGGAAGGAGCAGCCGCAGUGCGAGAUCAGCGGGAAGGAAGCCAUUUCGGCUCUGUCCAGAGCCAAGAGCCGCGAGUGUCGGCAGCAGAUCGUAGAGGUCUACUGCAAACACAAAGAGAGCACGCUGAUGCCUGAGAAGGUGCCUCGCUACUGCCCCAUAGAAGGUAAGGCUAAUGUGAACGUACAAUGGGACGAGAACCCUUCAGAUGCUGCCCAGCUCGUGCCUGUACGGAUCGCCUUCGUCCUGGUCGUCCACGGCCGAGCCUCGCGUCAAUUCAGGCGUCUCUUCAAAGCCAUCUACCACACGUCGCACUACUACUACAUCCACGUGGACCAGAGGUCAAACUACCUCCACACAGAUGUCCUGUCUCUGGCCGACCAGUAUCCCAACGUCCGGGUCACUCCCUGGCGGAUGUCCACCAUCUGGGGCGGGGCCAGCCUGCUCACCAUGUACCUGCGCAGCAUGGAAGACCUUCUCAAAAUGUCCGACUGGUCCUGGGACUUCUUCAUCAACCUCAGCGCUGCAGACUACCCCAUCAGGACCAAUGAACAGCUGGUGGCUUUCCUGUCCAAGUACCGCAACAUGAACUUCAUCAAAUCUCACGGCAGAGACAACGCACGUUUCAUCCGUAAACAGGGUCUGGACCGUCUCUUCUACGAGUGUGACACCCACAUGUGGCGUCUCGGGGACCGCAAGAUCCCUGAGGGCAUUGCGGUGGACGGAGGCUCUGAUUGGUUCCUGGUCAACCGGGCCUUUGUGGACUAUGUGGUCAACUCCCAAGACGAGCUGGUCAGCAGCAUGAAGCGCUUCUACGCCUACACGCUGCUGCCUGCUGAGUCAUUUUUCCACACCGUGCUGGAGAACAGCGCCCACUGUGAGACCAUGGUGGACAACAACCUGAGGCUCACCAACUGGAACCGCAAACUGGGAUGUAAAUGCCAGUACAAGCACAUUGUGGACUGGUGUGGCUGUUCACCCAACAACUUCAAACCCUUGGAUCUGCCGCGCUUCCAGCAAGUGUCCAGACCCACCUUCUUUGCCAGGAAGUUUGAGGCCAGUGUCAGUCAGGAGAUCAUCGACCAGCUGGACUCCUACCUGUUCGGAUCGUACCCCCCGGGCACGCCGAGCCUCCAGGCCUACUGGGAAAACAUCUAUGAGCAGGAGACGGACGGCCCCGCCAGCAUAUCAGACUCUGCGCUCAGCCACUACCACGCCUUCGCUCGUAUGGGACUGUCCCGCGCCGCCAGCUCGCUGCAGGGCCAUCCCAAUGACAACAGCUGCAGGUACGUGGCCAUGAGCCACCCAGUGUCAGUCCACCUCUACUUCCUGUCAGACCAGUUCCAGGGCUACCUGGUGAAUCAUGUGGCCACUAAUAGAGCCUCCACGCAGCUGGAGAGCCUUGAGACCUGGGUGACUUCCAGAGACCACUUCACACUGGCCAGCCACCCCAACCCCACCAACAGGCUGCAGCAUGUCCAGGUUGGGACAGACUGGGAUCCUAAGGAGCGUCUCUUCAGGAACUGGGGGGGUCUCGUGGGCCCCGAGGACGAGCCCGUGGCCGUGCAGCGCUGGAGCCGAAGCCAGAGCAACUUGACGGCCACUGUGGUGUGGAUCGACCCCACCAACGUCAUCGCCGCCACUUACGACAUCCUGGUGGACGCCUCUGCUGAGGUCACCCACUACCGGCCGCCGCUCACCCUGCCGCUGAGGCCUGGCAUGUGGACGCUGAGGGUGCUGCACCACUGGAACCCGCUGGGCCAGACCAGCUUCAUCGUGGCUCCGCUGGAGUUCCAUCGACAACGGCCCUUACAGCAAGAGGAUCCCCUGCGCUUGCACCGCGGCCCGCCCAGAAACUCCUACAUGGAGCAGAGUUUCCACGGCCUGAACCCAGUGCUGAAGCUACCGGUGAGCCUGGGCGCCGUGGAGGAGGCCGAGGCCAACGCUGGCCUGACUGGGGCACCGCUGCGUCGCUGGGUGGACCGGCUGCUGGAGGGCCACUGGUCGGCCGCAGACGUCUGCUCGAUGGGACCCAGCGCCUGUCCAGUCAUGCAGCGCUGCCGUCUCACCGUCUGGAGCUCCGCCAGCCCCGACCCCAAGUCUGAACUGAACCCGCCCGGAGAGGACGGGCGGCUCAGGUAGCAGACGGACAGACUGGGGGGGGCGGGCGAGUGGACGAGGAACAAAUGAAGGACGACACGGGGCUGACGCCCUGCUUGUGUCUGGUAUUUAUUUAUUUUAAAUUGUGCAACGUCAGAGUGAAAGAAAAUGGACGGAUCAAACAGCGAGGGGGAAGAAGAGAAACAGACUCAAAACACUGAAGAAAAUAUUCUCCUUCAGUCCUCAGUCCAGUCUGCUGCUCUCACUGUUCGUACUACAAAGCUGUGUGUUUGUGUGUUUGUGUGAGAAAGAGAGCGAAUGUGAAUAAGUGUGCGUUGAAGCAGUGUGUCAGAAGAACUCUGUACCUCUUGUUGUGAGUCUUUCCCUGGGUUAAAGGAAUGCAGGUGUGUUUCCAAUAUUGAAAACUGACGUGGUUGCUCAUUCUUAGUCCCAAUAUUGUGAAAACUUUUGAUUGAGGCUUAGUUAGGGCUUAAUUUUAAAACAAGGGGAAAAGCAUUAAAAUGGGGGAAAUAUUACUUAAAAUAAGAAAAAUUAUCUGCCAACAGAACAAGAAUAUUUCACAUAUUUAAGUGAAAUUCUCUAACAUAAAAGCCACCUGGUAAGAAGAAAUAUCUUGUCAGACAAAAAACAAGUAUAUUUUGCCUUCAGUUAAGAUAAUUACUGUUACCUAGAUUUGAGUUUUUGCAGUGUUGUGAUUUUUUUUUAGUGAUCGUAUGUUUUAUUUCAGACUGUUAUCCCGAGAUUACAACUGAAUUCAAAGUUCCCAGUGUUGCUGCCAAAGGACUUACCUGCGAAAAGUUUUUCCAUAAACAAAAUGAGAUUGAGGUUGUUCUAACUCUUAGAAUAUAUAAUCUUCCCUAUAGAAUUGCUUGCAGCUGAAAUUACAGCGCUGUUUCGGCAUGAGAUAAAGAGGCAUUUAGGUGACCUCAAAUAAUGACAACUUUUGUUUUGUAGCUAUACAUGUUGACUGAAACAAAUCAUCAAAAAGAGUGAAAAUGUUUGUGGGUCCUCAUUAUCACAAUACAAUGUUUGAUUUCCUAAUUAAAUCUUGGGAUAACAGGCUUGAAACAAUACGUAGGAGCACCGUUUGUUUUCUUGAGAUAACACAAUUCUUUAGCUGUGACUUUGAGACAUAAUGAGCCCCAGAAAAGUCAUUAGAAAUUCUCAUACAGAGCCAGGUAGGUGUCGGGGGGGUAUUAUUCCCUCAAAUUACCAAUUUGUACCCAAAAUAUUUAUUUGAUUUGUAUCGUGUAAAAAAAAAAAAAAAAAAAAAAAGUUCUUCGCAUUCAGUCUGAACGCAUUUUUCAAUCUCUGAUGUUUAAACUUGCAGAGACCACCGCUCACAUUUCGUCUCCACAGUCAGUGUUGGUUUCUUUUAGCAAUGAAGAUGACUUAAUCCUGACCUGUAGGAUUAACCAAUCAUUGCUGGUUGACAUAAAACGCAUCACUGCCGGUGUACCAGAGCGGCGGGAAUGUCGCCACAGUACACCGGACUUAAAAACUCUGGUGUACUGUGAGAUUUACCUGGCGGUGAGAGGCUUAAUCAGCGGUGUGUGAACUCGUUCGGCGAGUAAAUGUAAAAGUCCCGCACUGUCACUUUAAGUUUUAAGUUAACGUAUUAAAGUAUUAGUAAGCAAAAGUACCCAUUUUAUAGAACGGCCCUUUGCGGUGUGCCAUGAUCCUGUAAAUAUUUUAAUAUUGGGUUAUUAUUGAUAGAAACAUCAUGGUAAUGUGUAGUUUUUACUUCUUUAUGAACUGUUGUUUAAUCUAUACUCAUAUUUUAGAAAUUAAAAUGAGUAACUAUAACUGCCAGAUGUAGUGAAGCAAAAAGUACCUUUGGAAUUGUACUUAAGUACAGGUAAGUUACUUUCCACCCACAAACUACCUAUUAAGAACUUAUUCUUCUCCCUUGACACCGACCGGCUCUGGUGUCUCUUUGUUCUGUGCCAUGUCUGAAUCUUUCGGACCGCCUGAGACUUGAAGUGAGAGACGUCCGAAGAGACUCACCUCUUUAUUUUCCUUUUUACUGUACAAACGUUUGAUCUGCUCUCUGCUGCACAAACUGAUGUGACUGUGUCAAAGCGUACAACUGCUGCGUGAGUAAUUUAUUCAGAGGUUUAUAUAAAAACUUUCUUAUUUGAUAGCAGGUGAGAUUUGUUUUGUUAUUUUUAAAGGACAAACUCCUCUGCUUUUGUUUCUAAAGGCCUUCAAGUGUUUGUGAGGACUGAUGGUUAAAUGAUUUGUCAGUUUUGGGUGUUAAAUGGCCUCUUCUCCUCGCUGCCUUCUGACUUUUCUGCUCAUUUCACGAUUACUAUUUCACACCUAUGAGUUUAUUAAAACCACAAAGCUGAAGUACAGCUACAUAUUUUAAACUAAGAAGGACAUUUAAGUUGUGUUUUUCACAUUAAUUUUGACUGGACAUUUGGACAAAUGCCCAUUAGAUGUGAGUAGGUCUGUCACGGUUAAGUAAUUUCCACCGCGGCAAUGGAUUGUUACGGUUGUGGAACUUUUGAAGCACUCAUUUAUUAAUUUAACACGCCCUCAAGGGUACAGUAUGAACAUUGCGCUUGUUGUGGUGCUUGCCAUCCUCCACGGUAGGCUUGACCAAUAGCGCGGUAUUUCAAUUUUGCAUGUUAUCGCGACAGCCCUUGAUGUCAGGCAUUAGAAAUGCAUGUGUAUUGUACUGUAUGUGUCUGGGCACUGUGACAUAAACAGUAUUUCAUUUAUAAUUAUGUGAAACCAAAAAUAGAAAGAAGCUUUAAACAGGAAAGAAAUUGGUUAGACAUUUCAAAUUGUUAAAAAACUGACAUCCCUGCAACAGUGAUUUAAUGUGUCUGCAUUCGUUUCAGAUUUAUGUUUUUGUUUUAAUCCCAUUUUACAUAUUUCUGCAUUUAAACCAGUUACGUACAUGUGCAUAAAAUAUUUAAUUUGACUUUCCUGUGAGGUGAGUUUGGAUGUAGCACAUUAGAAGGGGAGAGGAAGCGGCCACCCAAGACGUUUACAUGCACCUUUAGAGUACCACGCUGCUCACUGAAGGUUCACAAAAUAUAGUUGUACUAAGUCUGGGUUGCACCAGUAAGGAUCAAAGUUACCCUGUGUGAGAACAAUCUGUUCUCAAUCAUGCAAAUAGAGAAGAGGCCGACGUAAACAGGUUUCUUAACAUUUUUAAAAGGCUUUGCUAAUGUUUUUAUGGAGGUAGGACAUUGAUUCAACAUGUUUUGGAAUCCACACAGUGAGUUUCAGUGUGAACAUAAACACUGUUAAUUCACAAAGACACGUCCACGUGGUACCUUCACGUCUAAAAAUCAGUGCAACCGGUAAGAAGAUCUAACUCAAAAUUAGGUUAUAGCUGGAUUUAACAUGGCAGCUCCCUUUCAAAAGCAGCAGUUUUCACAUUUUGAGAGAUGUAUAAAUUCAGUUUCUUCCAAAGAGUUAGAUUUUAUACUAUGUUCACGUCUGUGCGGUAAAAAUUAAACCGCAGCAAGAAAGUGAAUAAGUGUACUUCUCAAAAGUAAGUUCAGGCUAGCCUAACUCCACACAGAUGAUCUCAAAUGUGCAAUUUUGUGCAAGAUAAUAUCAAAUUAACUAAUCUUAAUCCUUGGUGGUGCAAUCCAUUUUAUCAUUAGUUACUAUAAAAACUAAUAUUUAAUCAUUUUAAAUAAAUUAUUCCAGUGUGUGUAGUUGUCAUGACAAUAUUAUUGGGACCAAAACUGGAGACCAGUGGGGAUUUCUAACCACGAGGGUGAAGCUCUGAAUGAACUGAUGGUGUGACUUAAAGUAAGGACGUGAACAGUAGGGCGUAUUUAUUCUAGAAAUGAUUGUGACUAUUAUCAGUAAUGUGUUCUUUGAAAUGAUGGAUGCAUGGUGCAGAUGUUUCCAGAUGUUUGAGUUGUGGAUCAGAACAGUGUCGGUGGGUUUAACCCUGAAAGAGCCUCUCUGCUAACCACAGGAUGUGAUUAACGGCAGUUUACUGCCGCUAGAUUAAGGAUUAAACAGAAUGAAACAGGUAGAGCCAGGGUGUGUUUUAACCGCUUGAUCAGCAUUAAAGUGAUCAUGAGAAACGAUUGUCAAACAGGUCAAAACUUAUCAUUAGGGCUGGGCAAGUUAACACAUUAAUAUCGCGUAAACAAAACAUGUUAUUGCACUUGUGUAUAUAGCAGUACAUUUAGAAUUCAUUAUUCAAUUUUGCACAUAAUGCGAUUAAAAAUUGUAAUCAUUGCCCAGCACUAGUUAUAAUGCAAAAGAAACACAACUAUCCGAAUACUUUUUUAAUUAAAGACUUCUAAGAACACGGGCAAUAGUGUCCAAGUCUAAAUCUAUACUUCAAAUCAAGUGAUAUAAAAACAACUUGUCUUCCUCCUGCUGUCCACAGUAAACGGUAUUUAAUCCCCGGCAACUGUCUGAUUUUAUCCCAAAUAAGGGGAGUCUGUCUCAUUGUUUCUGGUGCUUUCAUUCUAAUGCUGAAAUCAAACUGUUAAACUAUUUAAAUUCUGUAAAGGUGUUUUUAGGUACCAUUUAUUCCAGUCAGAAUUACACUUAUCCUAAAAAUUAAACCAAUUUAUGUUUGAUAUGUAUUUUUCAUAUGAGCAGUAAGUCAAUAUACAGUAAAUCAGUAUUUUGUAAAAUACUCACAGAUGAUGUACAAUUUUUAAGUUAAUGAAUAGACAAGGUCCAGCUCUUUGGACGCAGUGCUGUGAUGGUGCCACAGAAGUCACGUGACUAUCUUUAUUUUGAUGGUGUGGAAACGUUCAGAGGUUGAUAAAGUCCGCAAAUCGUGGAAGAUAAUCGGAGAGGUUUGUACUUUUCAUGGGUUUUAUUUUCCACGCUCUAUUGCUGUUAGUUUCUUUAACAUCCAACCUUUUUGUUUUUUCGAGUGCCAGUUCAGUAUAAUUGACUUGUUUUGUUAUUUUCUUGCUUUUCUUUAUCGUUCUCGCUCUCUCUCUUUCUCUCUCUCUCUGUGGGAGUAGUGCUGUGCCUUAGCUGUACUCCUGUUUUAGGAAACCCUCUCUGAAAGCGUCAAAAAAUGUCUCAAAUGUCCUAAAACCAAAACAACAUAAAUAAAGAAUUGUGAAUGCCUUAUAAAUGACCUUAGUGGUUUUGAAGUACAAUUUUUGAAAAUAAAACAGAAUCUCCCUUUA